GUUGACACCCUAACUUGCUUGUUGUCUAUUGUUAUGUUAUCGUUAUUAUUAACGUGGCAUCCUGAUCGAUGAUACGGCCUGGCUGAACUUUUAUCUACCAAGGGAAUGGUUGAUUCCAGCCCAUACGCUACAACUGGUGAAUAGACAAGAUGGUUGCUCUUCAUCUAUCCGCCCUACUUAUCGCUGCUCGAUGCUGCUGGGCAGCACAGCCAGGCAGCCCAAGCCCGGUGCCUGCGAAGCUCAGGGACCUGCAAUGGGGCAAGCUGAACUUCCUUCACACGACCGACACCCACGGGUGGCUAGGCGGCCAUUUACAAGAAGCUUCAUACAGCGCUGACUGGGGCGACUAUGUCUCAUUUGUGACCCAGAUGCGCAGAAAGGCCGAGUCUCAAGACGCAGAUCUUUUGGUUAUUGACACCGGAGACCGCGUUGAAGGCAAUGGUCUCUACGACUCGUCAGAUCCAAAAGGAAAAUAUCUAUAUGACAUCCUGAAACAGCAAGACAUCGAUGUGAUGUCGUCUGGAAACCAUGAGCUAUACAAACAAAACACCUCGGAAGCAGAAUUUCUCACGAAUGUACCAAACUUCCAGGGUAGCUACUUAGCGUCCAACAUCGACAUAUAUGAUCCCCAGUCAGGGAAACUCGUAGCGCUAGGUCCGCGAUAUAAAAAGUUCACCACCAAGAAUCAAGCUAUUCGAAUUGUGGCUUUCGGCUUCCUGUUCGAUUUCACAGGAAAUUACAACAAUACUAAAGUACAACCAGUCGAAGAGACGGUUCGCGAAGAUUGGUUUCAGGAGGCCAUCCGUGAGACGGAGGUCGAUCUCUUCCUUGUUGUUGGGCAUGUUCCACUCCGAUCACAAGAGUACCAAGCUGUCUACAAUGCAGUCAGAAGAUUACACCCGGACGUUCCGAUACAGUUUUUUGGUGGUCAUCUACAUGUUCGCGAUUAUGCAAGAUAUGACACCAAAUCUUCUGGUCUUGCAAGUGGCCGAUUCAUGGAGACGAUUGGUUUCUUAUCUAUCGACAACGUGAAGAGCAGUAAUCCUGUUUUCUCUCGGAGGUAUAUCGAUAAUAAUUUGUUUUCCUAUCACCACCAUGCUGGCCUUGACGAAGCCACUUUCCCAACGGAACAUGGAAAAAACGUAUCUCGCAUGAUACAGGAAGCCAGACAUGCACUCGACUUAGACAUGGUACAUGGAUGUGCUCCCAGGGAUUUGUGGGUCAGCCGUACCCCGUAUCCUUCCAGUGAUAGCAUUUACUCGUGGUUGGAAAACGAGGUUCUUCCUCAAUCUCUCCGAGACCCGUUGCGCAACAAUACUCCAGCGCUAGCAAUCUCUAAUACUGGUGCUAUCAGAUUCGACAUCUUCAAAGGACCAUUUACACAAGACUCUAUCUACAACAUGUCACCUUUUACUAGUGGUUUUAGGUAUAUCAAGGACGUUCCUCUGAAGACGGCGAAGAGACUUGUAUGGCUUCUGAACAGGGAGACCAAGAUUUUUACUGAAUCUGAACAUCAAAAUUAUUGCCCAUUGGGGCCACCAGAGAAGUGCGCCCAUGACCUGGAUAUCGAGACUAGGAGAUACACGCCAAUAAAUUCCGAGUUGAAACGGCGUGAACAAAUCGUCCUCUCUCCAGAAGUCGAGCAAGAUCCUCAAGUGCUCCCAGGAUACACCACUAUCGAUGAUGCAGGCAAUGAUGGCGACGAUACAAUCCAUUCCUCUAUAUCAUUUUAUGAUGUGCCAAAUGUUCUCCAAACAUUGAUUGUGCCAGAGACAACCCUAUCCGCAAAAGAGAAUACAUCCACCGAGCCAUCGACCGUUGAUCUGGUUUAUGUCGAUUUCAUCGAACCAUACAUAGCUUUGGCAGCAAAGUUUUCUGGUCUUCACGUUGAGCUGCCCCGGGAUUCUGAUGUAUAUAUGAGCGGCACAAGCUUGACGGAGCUAAUACUUGGCUGGAUCAAGGAUAAUUGGCGGUGUGAUAAAACAUUCAUUUAGAAUACUUAUAUUAAGGUGUCAGAAUUAGUUUGUGAUAGAAUUCGGUUUACCCAAGUUAUUCUUAGACAUACUCGUAUCAAUAUAAGAUAUUUAUGAAUAGACU